AUGCCGCCGAAAAGAAAGGCGCCUGGCACUCAGGGUGCGGCGGCGAAAGCUGGUCGCACCUCGGCGCUCUCAACGCCCGGUCCUGGCACCCCGCGCAGUCUUGAUAGCUCCAUGAUGUCCGAGGAGGAUGAGGACUUUUUGAACGACGAGGAUGUCGAUGAGGCUCAGAAGCAGCGCGAGGACAUGCUCGCGAAGGAGGCGGACCAGUUCGUGAACAAGUGGGCCCUCACCUCCAAGAAUGUGGACGGCGGUGAGGAGGCGGGUCAAAGAACCUACGAUGCCGCCUCUCAGUACUUCAAGAAGAGAGACUACUCUCACUACCAGCUCAAGCCCGAUCACCAGAACCGCCCGCUCUGGAUCGAGCCGGACGGGACCAUUGUGCUAGAGCGCUUCAGCCCGCUGUCAGAGCAGGCCACAGACUUUCUGAUCACCAUUGCCGAGCCAAAGUCGCGUCCAUCUCUGCUUCACGAGUACCGCAUCACAACGCACAGCUUGUAUGCCGCUGUGUCGAUUGGUCUCAGGCCGCAAGAUAUCAUAAACACGCUCGAUCGCUUCCUGAAGACACCGCUGCCUCCCAGGAUUCUCAACUUCAUUAGCAGUUGUACCCAGAGCUACGGCAAGGUAAAGCUCGUGCUCAAGAACAACAAGUACUUUGUAGAGAGCGUUGAUACACAACUGCUUCAGAAGCUGUUGGCUGAUCCACAAAUUCGUGCAGCCCGCAUCUCUGGGACUACUGACAUCAGCACCAGCUAUGCGCCCACCAUGGCCGGCUUGGUCAUUCCCGGCACCAAGAACGCUGCCGGCGUCCACCAGGCCGAUCUGAAGCAGGGGAAUAAUCAAAAUGGCGAGCAAGGGCAGGCAGGCGCCGAGGCCGAUGUCUUUGCUGCCUUGAAUGAAGAAGAUGAUGAUGACGAGAAGGAAGCCGUUCACUCUUUUGAGAUCUCGGAUGCCUCGGUCGAAACGGUGCAGAAACAGUGCCUGGAGAUCGGCUUCCCAAUCCUCGAAGAGUACGACUUCCGAAACGACAAUGUGAACCCUAACCUCGAGAUUGACCUCCGGCCCAACACUCUGAUCCGGCCGUACCAGGAGAAGAGUCUCAGCAAGAUGUUUGGCAACGGCAGAGCCAAGAGCGGUAUCAUUGUCUUGCCUUGCGGAGCGGGCAAAACGUUGGUGGGUAUCACGGCUGCUUGUACCAUCAGGAAGGGAGUUAUUGUCCUCUGCACGAGUUCUAUGUCAGUCGUCCAGUGGCGCCAGGAGUUCCUCAAGUGGUCCAACAUCAACCCAGAGGACAUCGCUGUCUUCACAGCCGACAGCAAGAACAAGUUCUCGGGGAGUACUGGCAUCAUUGUCACCACAUACUCCAUGGUGACCAACUCCAGAGAACGGUCUCACGACAGCAAGAAGAUGAUGGAUUUCCUCAGAGGGCGAGAAUGGGGUCUGAUGCUCCUCGACGAAGUCCACGUCGUCCCCGCCGAUGUCUUCCGCCGCGUCAUCUCGUCUAUCAAGUCGCACUCUAAGCUUGGUCUCACCGCCACCCUCCUCCGUGAGGAUGACAAGAUCUCCCAUCUCAACUUCCUCAUCGGCCCCAAGCUCUAUGAGGCCAACUGGAUGGAAUUAUCUCAACAAGGCCACAUCGCCAAGGUCCAGUGCGCAGAAGUGUGGUGUUCCAUGCCCCCGGAAUUCUACGACGAGUAUCUCCGCGCCAACUCCCACAUGAAGCGCACCCUCUACGCCAUGAACCCGAGGAAAUUCCAAGCUUGCCAGUACCUGAUCAACUAUCACGAAGCGCGCGGCGACAAGAUCAUCGUCUUCUCUGAUGAGCUUUACUCUCUCAAACAGUAUGCUCUCAAACUCAAAAAGGUCUUCAUCUACGGCGGCACCGGCCAGGCGGAGCGCAUGCAAGUCCUCGAAAACUUUCAGCACAAUCCCGAUGUCAACACUCUCUUCUUGUCCAAGAUUGGCGACACCUCCCUCGAUCUGCCCGAAGCAACCUGUCUCAUCCAGAUUUCCUCUCAUUUCGGCUCCCGUAGGCAAGAGGCCCAGCGUCUCGGCCGUAUCCUACGAGCCAAGCGCCGUAACGAUGAAGGCUUCAACGCCUUUUUCUACUCUCUGGUAUCGAAAGACACCCAAGAGAUGUACUACUCCUCCAAGCGCCAGGCCUUCCUCGUUGAUCAGGGGUACGCCUUCAAGGUUAUCACUCAGUUAGCCAACAUCAACGACACGCCCGAUCUUGCCUUUGCCACGCCUCAGGAACGCCGGGAGCUUCUUCAACGAACGUUGGUCGACAAUGAGAAGGGCUUUGAGCAAGACGCCGAGACUGAUGAUUUGUUUGGGAAGCCCUCUGGCAGGAGAGGUGCUGGGGGUGCCAGGGGAAGGAAGGCUGGGAAUGGGGUUAGGAGGACGGCGGGUACGCUUGGGGAGCUGUCGGGUGGGCAGGAUAUGGCGUAUAUUGAGCAGAACAAGGCUGCGAAUAAGGGGUUGAAGGGCAAGGGGGCGGGGAAGAAGGCAGAUGCUGGGGGGCAGAAUUCGUUCUUCAAGAAGAUUCAGAGGGAGAAGGAGAAGAUUAAGGGGGCGAGAUAA